UAUAAAGCUUAAUUCUUCCGUCUCUUCCCUCUCUGUAAAACACAAGGCCUGCGCUAUCCAGGGCCCUGAGAAGCUAGACGAACGUUGAAGGCCGACGUGAUUCCAGUGCGGCUCUGAUUGAAGUUGCUAGCCUUUCCUAGUUUAGAACAGCUCAAUUUUUGCCCCCCGAACGCGCAAGUUGAGAUCCAACCAGCAAGUCGUCCACAUCGCAGCAUACCGUCCUCUGCAAACUGGUAUAACGACAGAGACGGAGCAGGAUGCCACCAGUUACUGCUACAACUGUGGGCGGUGGUCCAGCAGCUUGGUACCAGAGCAUUCCUCCCAUUACCCGUGCCUAUGCAACGGCGAUCUUCGUAUUGUCGCUUACCGUCAGGUUUGAGCUCUUUUCACCCUACUUGAUCUAUCUGAGCUGGCCGCGGGUCCUGUCUCACUUUGAGAUAUGGCGACUGGUGACCACCUUCUUCUACCUGGGCGGCGUCUCCUUCCCCUGGCUCUUCAAGAUGAUGUGGCUGCUCACGUACGGCAAGACCCUGGAGACGUCCACCUUCCUGCACGACCCCGCAGGCUUCCUCUUCAUGCUGCUCUUCGGCGCGGGCUCGCUGCUGGUCAUGUCCGUGGGCGCCGUGCAGCUGGGCAUCCGCUUGGCCUUCUUCGGCUCCUCGGUCAUCUACAUGAUCAUGUACGUGUGGAGCCGGCAGUUCCCCGACCAGCAGGUCUCCAUCUUCGGCCUCUUCACCAUCCAGGCCUUCUACGUGCCCUUCUUCUUCGUUGCAGUGGACUUCCUGCAGGGUUUCAUGCCCUGGGACGACAUCCUGGGCAUUGUGGCCGGCCACCUGUACUUCUUCCUGCACGACCUGUACCCCGUCACCAGCGGACGGCAGCUGCUGGGCACGCCGCGCUUCCUGCAGAACCUGCUGGCAGGCUGGGGUGUGGGGCAGCGGGUGAACACUCAUGCGGCGUCGGGGCAGGAUGAGUUCCGGGCGUUUAGGGGGCGCGGCAGGCGACUGGGUGCGGAGUGAGGGGUGGAGAGGGGGGAGGUGGUGUGGGGAAGGG